AUGUUUGUUCCUUGCAUUGAUUUGGUUGAUUCCUCACAAGCUUCACUUUAUUCUUAUUUAGCCUUUUUUAACAAUGUCAUUUUAAGACCUCAGGGACACGUCGAGCAUGUCAAAUCACUCGUGAACCAAACAGGCUCCACACUUUAUUGGGCUUAUGCCGCUAACGUUGACGAAGCUAUUGAAUUAUGGGAUAGUGGUGUUUUAAAAGUAAUUUUCGAUCUAGAUGUAUAUUUAGCAUGCCAAGAGGAAUUAGAAACCAUUUCUGAAGACCGUAUUGCAGUCAGAACCUCAAACGUUUCUGCUCUCCAAACUAUCAAAGGAGUUUCAUCAUUUAUUGUCAAAACAGAUGAUAUGGACAGUGUUAAGUCUCUGGAAAAGCCGUUGUUGACCUGUGGCGGCCAGCGAUCCGUCAUUGUUGAAAUGUCCAGUCCUGUUACUAUUGAACUGAUUACCCAAUUGGGUAACGAACAUUUGGAUGUGUUGGUGCCUGCCUCCCAACUUUCCGUUGAUGAUACAAAAUUGAAUAUUGCCGAAGCGUUUUUAGCAACUGUCAAGACGGACCGUCCUGAUGGUCUUUACACUACUAUUGUAGUUGAUGAGUUCAAUAAAGCCUUGGGAUUGGUUUACUCCAGUAAGCAAAGCGUAGCCGAAGCUAUUCGUUUGGGUCAAGGUGUCUAUCAAUCUCGUGGUCGUGGCCUCUGGCACAAGGGUUUGACCUCCGGUGCCACCCAAACAUUGAAACGUAUAGAUUAUGAUUGUGAUGGAGAUGCUAUACGUUUUGUCGUUGAGCAACACGGCGCAGGAUUUUGCCAUUUGAACACUCGUGGCUGCUUUGGUGCUGAUUCAGGCAUUACUGCGUUGGAAAAAACCUUGCAAAGCAGAAAGAAAAACGCACCUGAAGGGUCCUACACAGCUCGUUUAUUCGCCGACUCCCAAUUAUUGCAAGCCAAAAUUAUGGAGGAAGCUGAAGAAUUAUGCCAAGCCAAAGAUAAAGAAUCUGUUGCUUGGGAGGCGGCUGAUUUGAUUUACUUUGCCCUCACCAAAUGUGUCAGUGCGGGUGUUUCCUUAGUUGACAUUGAAAAGAACUUGAACAAGAAAGCUAGAAAAGUCACUCGACGUCCUGGAAAUGCAAAGCCCAAAUGGGAAAACGCUAUCAGCAAGCAACAGCAGCAACCUGCAGUUGCAACUGCCCAACCUACAAGCGCAAAUGAGGAACGUAUCGAAAUGAUGAGGUUCAAUUUGGAUGACCUUACGAAGGAAAAACGUGCUGAGCUCUUAUUGAGACCUAUCAUUGACUCUACUGAAAUUAUCCAGCGUGUAACGCCUAUUAUGAAGGAGGUUAGAAAAGGUGGUGACAGAGCUUGUAUGAAAUUUACUCGUCAAUUCGAUGGUGUCGAUCUCGAUCACCAAACUAUCACUGCUCCUUUCAAUCCUGAGGACAUGAUACUGGACCCUGUCACUAAAGCUGCCAUUGAUCAAGCCUACGAUAACAUCUAUAAAUUCCAUGAGGCACAGUUGAGAAAGGAAACCAUGACAGUCGAAACCAUGCCUGGUGUAGUCUGCUCACGUUUCGCCCGCCCUAUUGAAAAGGUCGGCUUGUACGUUCCUGGUGGUACUGCUGUUUUACCUUCCACUACAUUGAUGUUGGGUAUUCCUGCUAAAGUUGCUGGCUGUAAGGAUAUUGUUAUUGCCACACCACCCCGUAAAGACGGCAGUGUUGUUCCGGAAGUGCUCUAUGUUGCCCAUAAAGUGGGAGCAUCUCACGUUGUUAAGGCUGGCGGUGCUCAAGCUGUUGCUGCCAUGGCUUACGGUACUGAAACUAUUCCUAAGGUUGACAAAAUCUUUGGUCCUGGUAACCAAUAUGUAACUGCAGCUAAAAUGGUUGCGCAAAAUGAUACAUCUUCUCUUGUCGCCAUUGAUAUGCCAGCAGGCCCCUCUGAAGUUCUGGUGAUUGCCGAUAAGACGAGUAAUCCCGCUUAUGUCGCUGCUGAUCUGUUAUCUCAAGCCGAACAUGGUGCUGAUUCGCAAGUCGUGUUGAUCGCUGUCGAUAUUACCAACGAUCAUAUGAAACAAAUCGAAAAUGAAUUACAUGAACAAGCCAUUGUCCUGCCUCGCUGUGACAUCAUUCGUAAGUCUAUUCCUCAUUCGUACAGCAUUCGUGUUAAAACUGUAGAAGAAGCCAUGACGUUCAGCAAUGAGUAUGCCCCUGAACACUUGAUCUUGCAUUUGGAGGAUGCGGCUUCCGUGUUGCCUCUUGUUGAUAAUGCAGGCAGUGUUUUCGUGGGCCAAUGGUCACCUGAAAGCUUUGGUGAUUAUGCCUCGGGUACGAAUCACACUUUGCCUACGUAUGGUUAUGCCCGUAUGUACUCUGGUGUCAAUACUGACGAAUAUAUGAAACAUAUUACUUCCCAGGAAGUAACAGAAGAAGGCAUGGAUCGCUUAGCUGAUACCGUUAUGCGUUUGGCGGAGAUUGAAGGACUUGGUGCUCAUCGUAAUGCUGUGGCUGUCCGUGUGAAGGAUGUCCGAAGUAAAAACAAGAAUUAA